UAGUGGUAAUGAGGAACAAGGCAAAAAGAUUUUUGACCAGAUUUCUGGAAUGGUUGCUAAUAGUUAUAAAAAUUUUCAUCACUUUAUCCAAAAAGGCCAACAAUCAGCAAGUUCCGGUGAUGGUGGUACUCCACCAGGCAGUCUCCUCUCGGAUAAAGUCGAUAAAAUUACUACUGAAAUUGACAAUUUUGGCAGAGCGAAAAAGCAAGAAAUUAUGCUUAUUCGUCAAGGUGCUCGGCUAAAUGAUUUCAAAGAAGGAAAAUUAAACUUUAAUAACAAUCCAGUCUACAAAGUUUAUUUAGACAAGACUUAUUUAACUGAUGAUGAAAUUAGUUUCGUAAUUAAAGAAUUUGCGGAUAAUCCAAGCGUUUGGAGAAUUGAACCAAUAAAAGGAAAUGAAUACUUUGUUCAUAGUUCCGCACGAGGAAAUAAUAAUCGUGAAAUCGGAACUUUGAUACAUAGCAAAGAGAAAUUUAGUGAGGGUGAAAUAUCUCCUGAAUACGGAGAAACUCGUGAAGGACUAGAAAUUUGA